AUGCCCGAUUUCACUGCUAUGUUCGUCGAUAUCGAAUCCUCGUCCAGUCUGACAAAUACGAUGGCGUCCGUCAGAGAGAUAACGAUUGUCUGCAUUCUAUUUGCUAUCGUCAUCGUCUUUCAGUUAUACGUCUACUUGAAAUUGGAUAAUUCUGAAGUGGACGCCGACGAACUUGACAAAGAACGUCAAGAAGAAGAACGAAGAAGACGUAACGACCUGUUACUGAAGGCACUGAGUGCUUUCUAG